UCAAAUUGCAGCUGAUUUCGAAUCGGUCAGCAGGAUGAUCACAUCGCUUCAGAGCGAAAUCAAUCAACGAUACUCCCUUGUUCAGAGUACGAAUAGGAGAGGAUCUGACCAGCAAAGCGAGGCUUCUUCAUCUUCUGCUCGUUCAUCAA